GUGUGUUUUGUUGCUGAUGACGACGACGCUGUCUGCUGUGUAUGUCCUGGCUAUGUGUGUAAUGAAAGAGCGCCUCCCCUGAGCACAAAAGGCAGUUUUGGUGUCCGAAUCCUUCUUCUAACCCAGCCGACGUUAUAAUAGUUACCUUAUUAACGGUGUUCAAACUUUUAUUCUGAAAAGUCAACCCGGACGUACUGCUGCUACCUUAGUAAACUCUUGAGCGCUGUCCUUGGCCCACGUGAGUCAGUCAGCUAAGCUCCUGAGCUUUAUUUUAAGCUAGUGGCUGACGGAGCUAACGGACUUUAAACUCAGAUAUCGACCUAUUUCUGUCCAGAACACUGCUGUUCGAUAGCUAGCAAUAAUAAGACUUCCGGUUCGGUUUGGCUAAAAUGUCUUUUAACAGCAAGUUUUUGUUGUGCCUGAUUCAGCGGUGUGUCGCAGUCAAACAGCUAACGUUACCAGCAGGUAUGACAAUGAAAAGUGCUGCGCCGUCAGUCAGGUGUGGGUUCAUUCAACACCGAAUGUGGACAUCCACGGCCAGGGUAGUGUGUCGUGAGCUUUCGUCAAUAGUGACAUCCAGUCAGUGCGGUUUCUGUACAAAGUCAGGAGCGCCUUAUGAUGAUGAAUACCCACCGCUUCCAGCUUAUCAGUCUGAUUCAGAAACAGAGAAGAAGGAGGUGUACAUUGUGCAGGUGAAAGGUCUCCCGUGGUCUUGCUCAGCUCAGGAUGUCUUGCAGUUCUUCUCAGAGUGUAGGAUCCGUGACGGGGUGAAGGGGAUCCAUCUCCCGCUGGACAGACUAGGGAGGCCAUCAGGACGAGCCUUCAUUGAGAUGGAGCAUGAGGUGGAUGUCAGCAAAGCUCUGGAGAAGCACCGGCAGUACCUUGGUCCACGAUAUGUUGAAGUGUAUGAAGUGACAAACAGCGACGCUGAAGCCAUCCUGAAGAAAGCCGCCCUGGCUCCAGCUGGGAACGGGGUGGUGCGGCUGCGAGGCCUCCCCUUCUCCUGCACUGAGGCCGACAUCAUCCAGUUUUUUUCAGGACUGGAUAUAAUGGAGAAUGGCAUCACCAUCAUCACAGACCACAGAGGAAGAAUUACUGGGGAGGCCUUUGUGCAGUUUUUUUCUCAAACAGCAGCAGAUGAAGCUCUGCAGAGAGACAGAGCGGUCAUAGGAACCAGAUACAUCGAGGUGUUUCCCAGCAAUAGUGAUGAGAUUCAUGCUUUUUGGGGAAGGAGGAGGAUGAUGACGACGGGUCCAGCUCAUCCUUGGACCGACCCUUGGUCGGUGAGCAGUACCACAUCCACUCGACAGACGAACCCCAGAGCCGCCUCUGCUCCACCAGCGUCCCUUCAGAGCACCACUGUGCCGCUGCACUAUGUCCAUAUGAGAGGUCUUCCUUUCUGGGUGUCCGGAGAAGACAUUGUGAAGUUUUUCUCCCCUCUAAUCGUGUCUAAGAUCCUGAUUGACUGCAGCCCUGACGGGAGGCCGAACGGAGAGGCUGAUGUUUACUUCAACUGCCACAAGGAUGCCGUGGCUGCCAUGUCCAGAGACAGACGGCACAUAGGAGAAAGAUAUGUUGAGUUAUUCCUGAACUCGGACUCUAAUGCAAGGUGAAAGCUGACACACAGGAGCCAUACACAGGACAGUUAUAUGUAUUUUCCAGCCUGACUUGGACAUCAACUAAUAAACAUUCUUGUUAUCACAGAAA